CGAAUGGCCAAUGCUUACAAAGCCCUUUCUGGACCCUCUCUACUGUACUCAGAUACAUGCCUUUGUGCUACAGUACGACGCGACACUGAUGGCCUCGUAGUAACCCUCGAAUUUAGUGCUUGUACGGGAACAGGACAGCCCUGUUCACACACACAGCUCGUCUCCAAAUGCGUCCUGGACUGGCGAGUAUAGCGGUAGAGAUGCUGAGCGGUGCUACCUGCAGGGCCAGGCCGAGGCUCGGCAGACUCUUUUCGGCAACCCUCACCAAAACAGUGCCGCCGAUGUCAAGCGCGGGGAGCCACAGAUUUCGGUCUACGUCCUCAAUGCAGGGGUUUUCAGAGAUGGCAAGAGAGCGGUCAAAGACUGUCACGUCGUUUUACAACCAGUCCGCAAUUGACGUUUCCGCAGAAAAGGCCUCAGUGCGACUGACCUUGGCAACCCUGUUGUAUUCUGGGAAGUCUCCCGAUGGACACCACAUCUUGAGCAGUGCCAAGUACCUACACAAGGAGCUGCCCGUACGAAUCGCCCAUCGCAUCAAGGGCUUCCGUAGUUUGCCCUUCAUCAUUGGUUGCAACCCCACCAUUCUGCAAGUGCAUGAACUGUAUAUCAGAGCCUACCACAUGCUCAUCGACUUUCCCCCGAUCAAGGAUCAGGAAAUGGAGGGUCGUUUCUGUAAGCUGGUGCAGCAGCUGCUGGACGACCACAAAGAUGUGGUCACCAUGCUGGCCCAGGGCUUCAGGGAGUGUCGCAGACAUGUCCAGGAUGAGAUGAUCCUCCGCAACUUCCUGGAUACAACACUGUGCUCCCGUCUGGGAAUCCGAAUGUUGGCCACACACCAUCUCGCCCUCCAUGAAGACAAUCCCGAUUUUGUUGGGAUGAUAUGCAGACGUCUCUCCCCCAAAAAAAUCAUAGAGAAGUGGGUGGACUUUGCCAGGCGUCUGUGUGAGCACCAGUACGGUAACUCGCCCAGAGUGAGGAUCAACGGACACGUAGCAGCUCGCUUCCCCUUCAUCCCACUGCCUCUGGAUUACAUCCUGCCCGAGCUCCUCAAGAAUGCCAUGAGGGCCACCAUGGAAAGUCAUCUGGACACCCCAUACAAUGUGCCCGAUGUGGUCGUCACCAUUGCCAAUAACGACAUUGAUUUUGUCAUCAGGAUCUCGGACCGCGGUGGUGGUAUCCCUCACAAUAUUAUAGACAAGGUGAUGGACUACCACUUCAGCACUGCUGAGGAGAGUGCACAGGACCCACGCAUGAGCAACCUCUUCAACAACAUUACCAACAGUGGAAACCAGUCCAGCCCUAUGCAUGGAUUUGGCUUCGGCUUGCCCACGUCCAGGGCCUACGCUGAGUACCUGGGCGGCUCUCUGUCUGUACAGUCUAUGCAGGGCAUCGGCACUGACGUCUACCUGCGUCUGCGCCACAUUGAUGGCAAAGGAGAGAGCUUCCGAGUGUAAAGCUCCCCCAUUGGUCAUCUUUGUAGAUCCCAACCUAGGAAUCGGGCCAUGCAGGAGCAGAGAGGGGUUUUCAUCAGGAAAGGCUGGCAUGGACUACAGGACUUCGGUCCUCAAGAUGAUGGCCUACACAGUAUGUUGUCAGAAAGCUCCUAAAUUCACCAACCCACCACUACUUGUUCCCUUUUUGGUUUGCCUUAGACCGAUUAUAAGCUAUGUUAGCUCUCAAAUUGAUGAUGAUGAUGAUGUUUGUUGUUUUCCUUUGUGUUUUGUACCCUGUGGCAUGUUGUCUUGAAGUUUUAAGGGACUUUUGAAUGUGUUUAGGUUAUCGGGACAAACUGUGCAUGACAGUGGACAUGGAUGUUUAUGUGGAAGGAAGGGAAGGAAGGAAAAAAGAGCUUCAGUUUUAAAGAAGUUCACUUUGAAGUUACCUGUCACAUAGCUGCAAAAUAGGAACAGACGUUUUGAUGAUUAAAGAGACACUCCAGCAACCCUGUCAACAUCUACUCAAAGUGCACAAAGCUGCUGACCUAUUCCAUGAUGAUCAGUACAUCCAUAGUUUGAAUAACCAGAUCCUUUCAGUGUGUUAUCAGCUGUUUGUAUCAGAAUCUAAGGUCUACAAAGGUAAACGGCUUGUAUUGGUUGGAGAAGUAUUAGAGCAACCCAUAGCGAUAGAAACCAAGCCUUCAGUUCAGCUCUGGCUGAUGAAUGCCGAUGAAACUGCCAAAACACCGAAAGCUCAUUAACAGAUUUCUGUCUUGUUCCGUUUUGAGAACACAUGCUGUUCAGCAGUAUUUUUUUCUUUUUAAUUUUUGUGGAGCUUUCAGGCAGGGAAGCCAACCGAGAUGUUCAGUUGCCUUACUGUGCGACACUAGUGCUUCAACUGCAUGCUACUUGUACUUUUUUUUUGUUGCCUUUAUCAGUUCACACAGAUGCACACAUCAGUCCGUUUCAUUAGUUUGAUGUCAGAUGUUUUGCACAAUGAUUAGUAUUUCCGUUUGUUAUGCUCAGCACUUGCACCAAUCAUAGCAGUUUUUGACUUUAUUAAAACUUUCAGAGUAACAAUAUAUCAGCGAAGUAAUGUCAAAUGUCUUCUUUUUUCUGUUUCAUCUGACUUUAGAAUUAUGUUUUUUUGAAUGCGUGACAGUUGUUUUUCUGAUAAUCUUUUGUUUUUUUUGUAUAUGCUUACAUUUCAUGGCGCAUAUGGAAGUUCAGAUUGGCUGAGGUUGCUAGUCUUUUAUUUGUUCUUUUUUUUUGGGGGGGGGGGGUUUAGAAAUUUGCCCCAAUAGAUGAUCACCUCAAGCACUCCUCAUAUUGUGUUGAACAUUCCCCAGUGAGCAUCAGUUGUCAUCCUGAAUGCCACACUUAUCUGUUGGGAGCAUUUGUUAUUAUAUUAGCUUAUACUGUUAUCUUUUUAGCAGCGAGGGCAUUUACAGUCUGGAGCUAUAAUUAGCAAGAUGGGAAAUAUAUGAACUUUGUAAAGUAAACCAUCAGAAGUUUGCAUUCAAAGCAGUUUUAAGCAUCUUCUCUUUUUUGGCUCUGAGAGAUUGGUUAUAUUAUUUGGCCAAGAACAACAUUUUAUUCUAAAGCUGUAUCCUAAACGCUUUAGACUCACAUACAUUGUAUAGUCUAUCUACUAAAUGAGACUGGUUUUUUUCUUGUCUUAGAAAACCUAUAGAUAAUAAGAUUCUGAAAUGUUUUAUAUCUUACAAAUAAAGUAACUAGCUCACUUGGAACAAAAUGUCUCCCGAAGCUAUUUUUCUUUUUCUUUUUUCAGAGUUUACAUACACAUGUUCCUUGAGUAAAAAUUGGAUUUUAGCUUGUGAGACAUUGUGAACACAUAAGUGAACCAGUUACUUUAGCAGUUGUAAGAUAUUUAAACAUAAUCUGUUUUGAUUUGUGAAAGGCUCAUAUUUAUUUUGACACUUUGUGAAACAAAAAUAAUUGCAUAUAAUUCACAGUAGAUGAUGACAUUGACAGAGAACAGCCUGUAUUAUGUGUACCUGUAUCCCUGCUGAAGCCCUGUAUAUGAAUUAAUGUGUUAAUUGUGGCUUUGAAGGUCUUGAAGAUGUAGCAUAAAGUAUAUAGCUUAUGCAUGUAAUGCAGCGGGGGGAGUUGCACCACAUAACCUCCAGAUGCUGGUAAACAAUGGUUUAAGGUGUGUGGCCCUUUUGAGACACAUUAGCAGGUAACCAGCAUCAUUCUGAGAUUGUGUUCUGUCACAAAAUGUUGCUGGUGAAAUGUUGAAGGUGGCUUGUAAAUUAUGGCCUUAUAAGCCAGGCUGUGGCUUUUGUGAAGCAUGUCUGCCCUCUGCUGGCCUAAAAAGAAAAGUGCAGGCAGACAAAAUAUUGGUCUUGUGGGGGGGGGGUAUUAAGUGCAUCAAUUCAGUUUUUGAAGGGGAACUACAGCGGAGUUUCUGAAUUUCUACUUACCAGGUUUCUGAUUUUGUAAUUUUUUGCAGAUAGAAAUGAGGAUCAACACACAAAAAAUAAAAAUAAUGUCAACAUCAUCUCCAAUACAAAGCUGAAUAUUGGAGUCAUGUUACUGUGUGUUUUGUCUUUUAGAGUGAAAUUAGCUCUCCCAUGUUUUCUGUUGUCUGUCUGUAAACAUUAAAUUUUACUUGGUUGGAA